AUGGCGAUCCGGGGCGUCGCCUCCACCCGCGAGGACAUGACGCUGGAGGAGUUCAAGGAGUGGCUCAAGCAGUUCGACACCGACGGCGACGGGCGGAUCAGCCGGAACGAGCUCCGGGAGGCGCUCCGCCGCCGCGGCGGCUGGUUCACCACCUGGAAGAGCGGCCGCGCCCUUCGCCAGGCCGACAAGAACAACAGCGGCUUCCUGGACGACUCCGAGAUCGAGAACCUCGUCGCCUUCGCCCAGAAAGAUCUCGGCAUGAAGAUAUCCACCUGGUAG